GCACUCAAGUUUACCCAUCACCUCUAUCACCUCGAGCGCAAAGUAAUUAAAGCAAUAGCAUCAGCAGCAUCGACUCGCAUCGUCCUUCCCUUCAGAUUCAUUCACUCUCCCUCUUCUUCAAACAAAACAGACGCACAAUACAUUACGAAAACAGGAAGCAAGGACAUUAAGAGAUGGCAAGACGGAACGUUCCCACCAUGAAGGACGACAUUGUCGUCGACAAGUCGCCGUUGAUUGAACAGUAUCUGCCUCCAAGACCAAAGCCUUCACCCUCAUCCUCGGUCUCUGGUAGUCAAUCUACGGGACAAGGAGACAAAUUAAACAGGAAGCAGAUAUUGAUCCAACAGAACAUCGAAUUGCGCAAGAAGUUUGAAACCAUGGUUCUGCAGUGGCAAGAGAUACUGUUGGAUCCUGUGAGCGAGGAAACGCUAGGUGAAGCAGCAAAUCGGAUCAAACGAUCGCAUUAUCUGGAAGUCAUUGAAGAAAGAAACAUCGGCAAACUUUGUGGAUACCCUCUCUGCUCUAAACCACCACGCGAUAUCAAGGGCAAAUUCAGGAUCUCGCUUCACGAGCGCAAAGUAUUCGACAUUUCAAUACUGAAAAAGUUCUGUUCGUCGACAUGUCUCUCAGCAUCUCGCUGGCUCGAAGCUCAAUUGACAGAGGAACCCAUCUAUCUGGACAAUACCGACCCUACAUACCUCAAGAUGAUAAGGGUGUCGAUCGUACCAUUGGACAUGGAAUUAGCGCACAGCAUGACAGGCGGCCAGUUGCGGAGGAAACAAAAUCAAGUCCAGUAUUCAGUCUCCCUAAUCAGGACCUCAACAAUGUCACAGCCCAACAACCAUCGUCAUCAAGAACAUCCGCAUCAACACAAUCAUCCUCACUAGAGGACGAAUACGUACAGUCACUUCUUGCUUCCGUUCCUGCGACGCCGUCUUUCAUAAAGAUUGUGGAGCACGAUACUAUUGGAGAGGUACCGCGAGACCCGCUGAAUAUGAGCAAUAUGGACCAGGAUAUGGA